UUUCUUUCUGUCUUUUAUUUUUUUCCUUCCCUCUCUCUCUCUCUUUCUGUCCAUCCCCCGUCCUUCUGGUCCUGUUGGUCAGUCAAUGAGAGUUUCUCUGACACUGAGAGACACUUCUGGACCAGCUGAGAGAGAGACACUACAGAUCUGAGCAGGGGGAAAAUCCCUGCAGUACAAAGGAGAGGUGGGAUGAAAAACAACCUCCGUAGAGUCUGAGAGCAGCUCACAGAGACGACUCUGACCUCCAGACCGAGAGCUGAUAAUCUUUAAAACUCGAUCAGCUUCAGUCAGCUCAGAUAUCCUGAGCAGUUCUUCCCUCUUUCUUUCCUAAACAACCUUCCAAGGAGGAACUUUCCCGGUCCGACCCCGGCCAUGUGUCCCUUCGUCCCCUCCCUCCUCCUCGUCUUCCUCCUGGCUGCUCCGGCCCUCCUGACCCCAUCGACCUCGCAGGAGUUAUUGGUCAGAGGUCAGAGGACACCGAGGGACACCAAGCAGGACUCCAUAAAGGUGGUGAUCUCCGAGGGCUGCGCCACUCAGGGUGAUUCCUCCGACGGCAGCCAGGGAGGUAAAGAAAUCGACCUGACUCCUGGUUCUCCUCUGAUCCUGACCCAUAAGAUCAAACUGGUCCAAUCAGGGUCAGGAUCCGGGUCUUGCGGCUGUGAGGCAGACUUUGCUGCCCUGCGGGAGCGUCUGGAGAGGCUGGAGAGGGAGGUGUCGGCCCUCCGGGAGAAAUGUGGAGGAGCUGAUGGAGGCUGUUGCACUUCCAAGGAGAGCAAAGGUGCAGGUUGCUCCAUCAAACCAGAGAUCGACGAGUGUCCCAACGAGUGCAGCGAUCAGGGUCGUUGCGUGGACGGCAAGUGUGUCUGCUUCCCUGGUUAUAGUGGACCAGACUGCAGCGAGUCCAACUGUCCCGGAAACUGCAACGACAACGGAAGGUGUGUGAACGGACAGUGUGUAUGUGAUCCCGGUUUCACUGGUCCCGACUGCUCGCUGAAAAGCUGCCCCGAUAACUGCAACAACCGUGGGAGGUGUGUGAACGGCAGGUGCGUGUGUGACAGCAGCUUCACAGGUCCAAGUUGCUCAGAUGAAUCCUGUCCUGGAAAUUGCAACAACAAGGGGCACUGCCUCAACGGACAGUGUGUGUGCAAUCCUGGAUUCACCGGCCCAGACUGCUCCAAGAAGGCAUGUCCCAACAAUUGCAGCGACCGUGGAAGGUGUGUAAAUGGUAAAUGUGUGUGUGACAGCGGAUUCACUGGUGCUGACUGCUCUGAGAAUUCAUGCCCAGGAAACUGCAACAACAAGGGGCGCUGCGUUAAUGGACAGUGUGUCUGUAAAGCUGGAUUCACUGGACCAGAUUGUUCCAAAAGGGCCUGUCCUGAUAACUGCAACAAACGUGGCAGGUGUGUAAACGGUAAAUGUGUGUGUGAGAGUGGCUUCACCGGUGCAGACUGCUCUGAGAUUGCCUGUCCUGGAAACUGCAACAACAGAGGGCGCUGUAUAAAUGGGGAGUGCGUUUGCGAUGAUGGAUUCAACGGGCCAGAUUGCUCGGAAAAAACAUGCCCUAAUGACUGCUACGACCGCGGAAGAUGUGUAGACGGUAAAUGUGUUUGCGACAGUGGCUUCACUGGUGACGACUGCUCAGAGAAGGCCUGUCCAGGAAACUGCAACAACAGGGGGCGCUGCGUUAACGGACAGUGCGUUUGCGAUGAUGGAUUCACCGGUGAAGACUGCUCUAAAAAAGCUUGUCCCAACAACUGCAGCAACCGUGGGAAGUGUGUGAAUGGGAAGUGUGUUUGUGACGUGGGCUUCGCCGGGCCAGACUGCGCCACCAAAGGCUGUCCGAAUAACUGCAACAACAAAGGACGGUGCGUCAAAGGGAGGUGCGUCUGCCGGCGUGGAUUCACUGGACCAGACUGCAGCCAGUGUGAGGAGGGGAUGACGGGACCCAAUUGUGAUAUCGAAGGAGAGUGACCAGCAGAUGACUGUGCAGGUGGAGGGCAGCCUGACCACAUUCACGCAGACGGGCCUGGCGGCGGGUCAGGAGUACACCGUCAGCAUCACCGGAGAGAUCAACGGCAGGAGGGGAGCCGAGAGCUCCGCUGAAUUCAUGACCCUUAUCUCUGGUCCCACAAACCUCCAAGUCGUCAAGACGACCUCGACGUCUGCGGUGGUCCAAUGGGAGCACUCGCAGGGUGAGAUUGAUAGGUACCGUUUGACUGUCACACCCAGCGACGGAGCAGGAAGGAGUCAAGAAAUGACCGUCCCAGUUGGCCAAAACUCUGCCCACAUCCUACAGCUGGAGGCGGGGAAUUUGUAUGACAUCAUACUCGUGGCAGAGAAGGGUUCGAGCCGGAGUGAACCCGCAACCACCCAAGUUACUCCCGGGACAUUACCAAGGGUUACCAUGGCAGCUUUGACCAUGCAGGUCACAUUAGCACCUGGACAAGAUGUCGGCGACAGAGACAAAGAGUUUGACCCAUCGCCUGAAGACCAGCAUGGAAGGAGGGAGGAUGGAAGCGAGCCUGACUCUCUAAAACCCAAAGGUAUUAAUGGACCCAACAAAGACUCCAGAGCCUCUGUGAUUGCAAGAACUAAACCUCUGAACAACAAAAGGAUGGCAAUAAAUGGCACCAGGCCCAAACUUGCUCAAAGACCCACAUUGUCCAGGAAGCCAAAUAUCGCAGGCCCUUUCCGUUUCAACACAACCAGAGUUGUGCCAGGAGGAAGAAAGGUUAGCCCAGGCCCUUUGAAAAAGCUGCCAGUGGGCGAGAAUAAGAAGAAGAUAAUAAUGGUACCCAAAAAACCUAAACCAGGUGUACCCGUCAUCGGAAACAGGACAAUAACUUUGACUGUGAGAGACCCAAGUGUGGGGGAAUCAAGCACUGAGUGGAGGGAUGCCAAAAAUCCAGCUAUAAUUUCUGGGACUGAUUCAGAUACAAACAGACAAAGUAGCUCGGAGGAACCAACUAUUGCUGUUGGCUCCAAAAAGCAACCAGAUGUUGGCAUGGCAGGCCAUGGAAACGACACUGCUCCAGUGUCUUCAGAGCCAACUGGGACUGUUCAAAGCCAAGAGAAGAAAUGUAUAAAUAAAGUUAAAGUGACACACAUCAGAUUACCCCAUAAGGACAGAGGCAGCGGGUGUAGAGGGGAUGGAAUAGUGUCGGUAGGAAAGACAACAGGCUCACAUCAAGGUUCCUCUGAAACAGAUGAUAUUUCUGAUGUAAAACCCUCAUCUACACAGUCAGACCUUGACUAUUCUCCAGAUCCUUUACAUAAACUCCUGACAGACACUUUUGACAGUUUGAAUAUCACAACCUUUUCUGUUCACUUGUCCAAACCAUCACACAUCUCUACUGAUGCAGAAAGAGUGAGUAAGCAGAUUUUAAGUGGACUAAAGCCAUUGUCGUCAUUCUCGUCAUCAUCCUCAUCAACCCCACAAUCAUUGUCACAUUCAUCAUCAUCGUCACAAUCAGAAACUGCGCCAUCAUCUUCAUCCCCAUCACAUUCACAAGUCUCAUCUUCAUCACAAGAAGCGCCAUCAUCAUUACUAACAUAUUUAGUUUUGUCAUCACCUUCAUCAUCAUCACCAUCACCACCAUCAUCACUACCAUCAUUAUCACCAUCACCUCCAUCGUCAUCCCUUUCCAGCUCAGAUGAAUCAGGUUCACUUGGAAGCAAUGAACCAAAUGUUCAUAAUAGCAAAAGUACAACUGAUACACCACCUGAAGACAGAAAACUAUCACCCUCAGGAAAAGGUGGCAUUCCUUUUUUCCGCCGCACACCUGGAAAAUCGGGAUAUGUACGUCGACCACGGCCAAACCUUGGAUCAUUUCAGAACAAAACCCAUUUAAAUUUGAAAGGUCCUUACCAUUCCCCUCCUCAUUUGAACCUUAUCACUGGAAGAGAGACAGAAACAAGACAUACAUCCCAGAGUGAAUUAUUGUCUUCACCAUCUUCAUCUGCUUCAGAGGAAUCAUCCUUAGUUCAGGAAAAUGUACCAGCAAGGGAUACGAAUGGAUACAAAGAUGGGGCUACUACACCUGCAUCCCCAACAGAAAGAAGACGAAUCCCAGUUCGGCGUGUUCCUCUAAAGGGGGGUUACCUGCGUCGCCCAGUUCCAAACUUUGGACCCCUUCUGAACCGAACUCGACCACAUUCAAGGCUGCUGCCUCCCCCCGCUCAACCUUUAAAUCCUGCAUCAGAAACAAGGGGAGAUCAGCUAUCUUCCACUGAAUUGUCUGUCACUUUUUCUCCUCCUGUUUCAAAAGAAUCCUAUCCAGCUGAAGGUACAGAGCUAACAGGAGAGGAGAAUGAAGACAGAGUUGGGACAAGCACAUCAGCUGAGUUCAAUGAGACCCUCAGAGGAAGUAGAGUGCAUUCCCCUCAUCGGCCAACCACCAAAGUUGGUUACUUCCGUCGGCCACAACUGUAUGGUGGACAUUUCCAAAACAAAACCCGUACAAACCUGACACCGCCUCAGUAUCCACAUAGAGGUCCCAUGCGCAAGCCUUUCCCAACCAGAAAGCUAAAUGAAGGUAGCGGCAUUACUGUUGGAAGUCAAUUAUUAAAGGUUAGUACCCCUGAAAUCCUGAAUAACCAAUCAAGAGAGCAGGAUGCCCCUAUGCCUACCCAAGGAGUCCAAAUUCAACAAUCAGGAGAACAAGACACUGCAGAUGUAAUUCCAAGUACCCAGAUGGAUAUCCAUGACACUACCAUCAGACCACAAACUAACAAAGUAGAAGGGGGGAACAAUAUUCCAGUCCAAACUACCAAAUUUGCGGAAGAAGAAACUAGAACCCCAGAUUCUAACUCUGACAUUCAUAAAGAGAAUGACGAUGCUGGCAAGAAUGCUGGUGCUCCAAGUCGAGGCAGACCAACUAUGAAACAAACCUCCUCAGAUUCAAGACAUGGAGCCACAAGACCAGUCACACUUCAAAAUAGACAAUCACCAACAAGAAGUACCCAGAUGAGGCACUACAUCAGUGGGAGCCAAGGUAGAGUGCACACAAAAACAAAUACUACUGCAAAAAGGUUGUUUGAUAGUAAAACUGAAAAGACAAGCGGUGCUAAUGCCAAACCUCUGACAGGAUCAGACAUUUCUUCUUCCGGAGUCACAAGGGAACCUCUGGACUAUGUGGGAGUGACGAACCGGACCACAGAUGGAUUUACGCUCACAUGGGACUCACCAGAAGGGAAGUACAAGAACUUUGUUGUGACAAGGAAAGAAGUUGUAAAACAUAAGGAGCCAAAGCAGAAGGAAAGCAAGAAAGAAGAUGCGGAGAAAGAGCGUCACGGUGAAGAAGAGGAAGCAAAUCGUCAACCAACAACAGAAAUUCAUUCAGAAAAUGGAGGCAGUGAAGAUGAAAAUAGAGUACCUGAAAGUGUCUUUACACAAGUUCCAAGGGUCCAAAGCAGCACAACAGCCAAACCGUCAACAGGAAGUGACGAAACCUUCAAAAAAGUUCUUCCUGGUUCAGCUCGCUCCUUCCAGUUUGAGAAUCUGCCUCCUCAGAACGAGUACACCGUGACUUUACUUGGAAAGGGUCCUGGCCUUCUGUCCAGACUGCACAAGCUUGUCAUCAGUACAGGCCCGGAGCCUCCCACCAACAUAGUCUUCAGUAAGGUGACGGAAAACUCUCUGACGGUGUCCUGGACCAAACCCAAGAGUAAAAUCAGUGGUUUCAAGGUCACCUACACCCACACAGAGGACGGUGAGCCGGUGUCAGUGUCCGUGGACUCAGAAGACUCCACCGUCGGCCUAUCAAGGCUCUCACCUGGUUCUUCUUACGAGGUCAACGUCAUCUCCAUCCUUGGACUGGAUGAGAGCGAUCCCAUCAAAGACUUUGUCAUGACACUCCCUGACCCGCCUACAGACCUCCGGGCUGUAAACGUCACAGACACCAAGGCCUUGUUAUUGUGGCGUCCUGCGUUGGCAGCCAUUGAUAAAUACGCCAUCGUUUAUGGAUCUGAGACAGGACCAGAGUUGAGGGUCACUGUGUCUGGAAACGCAGCAGAGCAGCAGCUAAGUGGUCUAGAGGGUUCCACCACCUACACCGUCACCAUAACCAGUCAGCUAGGCAGCUUGAAGAGCUCACCGACCACCACCACCUUUACCACCACUGGAGGCUCUGGGAGGGAUGGGGACGGGCCACGAGAUCUCCAGGCCAGCAAUGUGACCCCUCGCACCGCCCUGUUGUCAUGGAAACCACUCUCAAAUCCUGCAGGCAGCUACAGACUCACCUAUCAGACUGAAGGUCAAGAAAUGAAGGAAGUCAUUGUGGGCGCCUCAGUAACCGAGUACAACCUGACCAGACUCCACCCCGGGUCCAAGUACACGGUGCAGCUACAGGCAGAAGGAGGAGGACGAUACACUACUGCCAUCUCCACGGAGUUCACCACCGGCACCCUGAGGUUCCCGUUCCCCACAGACUGCUCUCAGGAGCUGCUGAACAGCAUCAGGACGUCAGGUGAGGUGGAGAUCUUCCCUCAAGGGAAACACGGGACGCCGAUGAUGGUCUACUGCGACAUGGAGACAGACGGAGGAGGCUGGACGGUCUUUCAGAGGAGGAAAGACGGCUCGGUGGAUUUCUUCAGAGGGUGGAAGGAGUACAUUAAAGGAUUUGGGGAUCUGAGUGGAGAGUUUUGGCUGGGUCUCGAUAGCCUCCACAACCUGACGACGAUGACCCAGAUGAUUCUGCGUGUCGACCUGCGAGACAGAGACCAGUCGGUGUUCGCUAAAUACUCAACGUUCGAGGUGGCCAAGAGGAACUACAAACUGACUGUAGGCGGAUACAGCGGCACUGCAGGUGAUUCUCUCAGUUAUCACAACAACCGGGUCUUCUCCACCAAAGACCGGGACCCGGCGCCGUUUAUCACCCGCUGCGCCAUGUCGUACCGAGGAGGCUGGUGGUACAAGAACUGCCACGAGGCGAACCUCAACGGCCUCUAUGGCAUCGACGUCAAACACCAGGGUGUGAUCUGGACCACCUGGAUAAGGAAAAUUGUUUUCCUCUUCAUAGAUGAGAUGGACCAGCAGCCCUUCAGUCCUCCGACAAGGGAUGCAGGGAGAGACCAGAGAUAA